AUGGGCAGUUGCAUCGCAGUGCUCGAUGGAGCCUUCUCGACGAACUACAGCGGCGCCGACUCACAGGGAGAGGAUGGAGAGAGCGCCGCGAUUCUUCCGGUGGCGAUUCAGGAGGAGAGAGACGAGAGAGGGUGGGUUUGGGGAAAUGAGAGCGCUCUUCUUCCACCAUCAUUAUCUCGCCUCAUUCGCUUAUGCACCAAAACAAAUUCCAUUUCCAAAGGGAAAGCAAUUCAUGCUCAGCUUAUUAUAUCUGCGUCGAACCCAGAUGUCCCGACAAUUAAUCAUUUACUCUCGAUGUAUUUAAAACUGGGCCGCACUGACUAUGCCCAGAAACUGUUCGAGCAAAUGCCUGAAAGAAAUGUUAUCACUUGGGCAACGCUAAUCUCCUCGUAUUCUCAAAUGGGUCUUUCAGAAAAGGCCUUAAAUUGCCUUAGAUUAAUGGUUCUUGAUGAUGGGAUUUCUCCAAAUAAUUAUAGUUAUGUUGGCGCCAUAACGGCUUGUGCUAAUAUGCGCGCUUUGAGGACUGGGAAAGAAAUACAUGGGAAACUUUAUAGGACUGAGGAGAUUGCUAAUAGCUUUGUUAGUAACUGUUUGGUUAACUUUUAUGGGAAAUGUGGGUUAUUGAAGUCUGCUAGGCUAGUGUUUGAUGGCAUUUUAGAGCCCAAUACAAGUAGUUGGGUUUCACUUAUAGCUUGUUAUUGCCAGUGCGGGGAGAAUGAGGAAGGGUUGAGAAUUUUCUUGAGGUCUUUAAGGACGGGAGUGAAGGUUAAUGAGUUCUCUUAUGGUAGCAUUUCUGGGGCUUGUGCUGCCUUGGGGAUGUUGGAGGUUGGAAUGCAACUACAAGGCCUUGCUGUUAAGUGUGGUAUUUUGAUGGACCCGUAUGUUGUGACAGGGUUGGUUAAUUUUUAUGCAAAAUGUGGUGAGUUGGAGUUAGCGUACAAGGCUUUCAGAGAGGCAGAUGAGCCGCACUUGACAGCUUGGACUGCAUUGGUUGGGGGUUGUGUGCAGUUAGGAAAAGGCAGGCAAGCAAUUGAUCUUUUCCGUAAGUUGCUUUCAACGGGCUUGAAGCCAAGUGAGCAAACCUUGGCUUCAGUGCUUGGAGCCUUUGCAAUUGAAAAGGAAGUUAUAGGCGGGACACAGCUCCAUAGUUUAAUCAUAAAGUCGGGAUUUGAUGCAUUCACUUUUAUUUGCAACGCGAACACUAUAUAUUUGUUUUCUGCUGGUCAUGAUAUGCUAGUACUGAGAAAUGGGGUUGUUGAAGUUCUAAGUGGAUUGACAGCCCAAUUUUCUGAUGCAGGAUAUGUUCCUGAUGCCUUGGUCUCAUUGGUAGAUGGGGACUAA